AUGGCUAAUGAAAUUAAGAAUGAGUCGAAAGCGCCACCAGCUUAUGGCGAAGAAGCUGCCGCCCAAUACGGCUCAAAAUCUCCUCCGUACCAUAACUGGCAGGAGGCUGUACCUGAUACCGCUACUUUACCACCGCCGCCAGCAUUAGGCUUCUUAUCGUCGAGAAACGGGAACGCCUCUGGGGAUGAUGCAGAACGUGCACAUGAAUUUUGUGACAAGUUUCCUCUACAUCUGCCUAUUAAGCCAUCAGCCACUGUGUAUACGUCUGUACAAGAGCAUGAUCUCCGUCCUGUGCUGCCAAAGGAGUUUCAUGGUACCUUUGCCUUUGUUUCUCAGGGCUGCUGGAAGGGAUCUACCAGGGCUAGAAAUGGUGAUACUUUGAUAUCAACAAAUCUUCCACUCUAUUUUCCCACUUUGGAGUCACCUUUCGUCACCGAGAGGGGUAAAACUAUAUACUUCGAAGUCAAACUGCUCGGGCUCUGCGAAGGGCCGGGGCCGGGAGCAGUAUCUACUGAUUCCAGUGGGUUCUCUAUUGGGUUUAUAGCGCAUCCGUAUCCGUAUUGGCGGUCUCCCGGUUGGGAGAGAGGAAGCAUUGGCGUAUUCUCUGACGAUGGAUGCCGUUUUGUCAAUGAUUCAUGGGGCGGUAGAGAGUUCACAAGUGCAUUCGCUGUGGGUGAGACUGUGGGCUUGGGAAUGACGUUUCGUCGCCCUGGCAACUCAAGCACAAAUUUGGAAAGCAAAAUUAAGAAGUGUAGAGUUGACAUCUUCUUUACUCGAAAUGGUUGCCUGGUAGGAGGCUGGGACCUUCACGAAGAAGUUGAUGAAGACGCUGGAAGCAUCGAGGGACUAGAGGGAGACUUCGAUCUUUACGGUGCGAUUGGGUUGUUUGGAGGUGUAGACUUCGAGGUAUGCUUUAACCAGGCAGGUUGGUUAUGGAAGAUAUAG